AAGGUGCGGGCGUGCGUUAACCGCCGUCCUUGGACAAACUGCUGUCCUGUAGAGCGAAUGUGACUCAACGUUUUGAUGAGUGAAAUAAACGUGGAAAUCAGCCCGAACGAGAGCCUUAAAGCUAAAUAGCAACGUUUAUACAGGCGAGUGCUGUCUCUGGCUUCAUUGCCUCUUUCGGCAUGCCGGUGGGGGCUAACAAAACGUCGAGCCCCUCAAAUUCCCCUAAUUAUCUGGCUCAGUGCACAGCGAAUGCCUCGAAUUCGGCUGUCUUGCUGCCAUGCAGCAGGGUAUCUGACGGGUUUAUUUGCCAGUUGCCUGCUCUCAAGGCGUCACGUCUUGAUACGUGACGCUUACGACUGAAAAGGAUGUUCCACCUCUGCCACCAUGACCCGUUAGAGGCACGUUCCUGCUGCAGCAAAAGUCGGCAGACGACUCACUCAGCACGUCGUAAUGCCAAGCAAGAACCACAGGGCUGCUCGGAAACUGAACGUUUUCUGACACCACGUGGUCCGUAAACCCUUGUGGCUGAAUGUACUUUCCCCUGCGUUCCCUAGUGCUUCAUUGUUUCUUCGCAUGGUUGUGACUAACAAAUCACCGAGCCCUUCGGAUGGACUAAUUCUUCUUGCCCUGAGACCGCUGCUGCCGGAAUGGGCGGUAUAGCUGGCCCGACAAAAACGGCGACAUGUCGGCUCACGUCUAUGGCAGAAACGAGGCGCAAUCUGGUCUCGUAUAUGUCACCGGCGAUGCAUCCGACCAGCUUCCACAUGAUCUGCUUGAUGUCUGGGCGCCCAAUCUGUGCAUGGCCGACGUUGCAGACGUGCUCGAGCUCUACAGUACCGGCAACCUUCAGCGUUUUGACGGGUCCAAGGAGGCCCAGCGUUCCACCGGUCGAGCUCAGUACACGCGUCUUUCAAGCAACACGACAAGUGGCGAUGUCAACACGUCCAUGACUUUCACGAGUCACCUCAGCUAGACCCUGGUCGGCGACCACAUCACGAAGACGAACGAAGCAGCAGUGCCCACCGAGGCCCAGAUCCGCGCCCGAGGGCUACAGCCGCGGUCCAGUAUCAAGACACUACGGCCAAGGAACGACGGGAAAUCUGUGGACAGCGCUGAGGAAGGCAAGAGAAGGCAGACGGUGUACAAGGCACCAGUCGCCCCACUGACACGUAGUGACACAAUCUUGAAUUAAUAAAGCAAAUAAAGAGAAAGCACUUGCUCAAAUCGUACUGGUAAAGAGUAUCCUGCAAGCACUGUGUUUUCAUUUAAAAUACAAAGAGAAGCACGGAGUCAAAAUAUACCGGUAGAGCGUUC